AUGGACGUCCGUUUCGGAGAUGGACGUCCGUUUCGGAGAUGGACGUCCGUUUCGGAGAUGGACGUCCGUUUCGGAGAUGGACGUCCGUUUCGGAGAUGGACGUCCGUUUCGGAGAUGGACGUCCGUUUCGGAGAUGGACGUCCGUUUCGGAGAUGGACGUCCGUUUCGGAGAUGGACGUCCGUUUCGAGAUGGACGUCCGUUUCGGAGAUGGACGUCCGUUUCGAGAUGGACGUCCGUUUCGGAGAUGGACGUCCGUUUCGGAGAUGGACGUCCGUUUCGGAGAUGGACGUCCGUUUCGGAGAUGGACGUCCGUUUCGGAGAUGGACGUCCGUUUCAGAGGAGAA